UCUACGUUCUCACGGUAUUUCUCAACUUCACUCCCUCCUUCCCCAUUUUAAUACCCUCCUCCUCCUCCUCUCUCUCUCUCUCUCUCUCUCUCCCUCCAUGGAGUCUCCCAGCAUCACCAGACUUGCCACUUCUCUCUGCUGUAUUUGCGUGCUUCUAUCUUUUACUACCACAGUGAUCAACCCUGUUGUUGCUUUGGAAAAUUGCAAAUUUCCAGCAAUCUUUAACUUAGGAGACUCCAAUUCAGACACAGGUGGAUAUGCUGCUGCCUUCUCUCAACCUCCCUGGCCUUAUGGGAGGACCUUUUUCCGCAUGCCAGCAGGCAGAUUCUCAGAUGGUCGCCUCAUGAUUGAUUUCAUUGCCAACAGUUUUGGUCUACCAUUUCUCAGUGCUUAUCUUAAUUCGCUGGGGUCCAAUUACACAAAUGGUGCAAACUUUGCCACGGCUGCUUCUACAAUCCGACUACCGACUAGCAUAAUACCUGCAGGUGGGUUCAGUCCAUUCUACCUGGACUUGCAAUACGAUCAGUUUGUGCAAUUCAAGUCCAGAACACUAAAGAUAAGGAAACGAGGUGGGGUGUACAAGGACUUAAUGCCCAGAGAGGAGUAUUUUCCCAAAGCUCUAUACACGUGGGACAUCGGUCAGAAUGAUCUUGGUGAAGGGUUCUUUGCUAACAUGUCUAUCCAGGAAGUCAAUGCAACUGUCCCUGAUAUAAUCAAUGGUUUCUCCACCAAUGUUAGGCGUAUUUACAAGUCGGGAGCAAGAUCAUUCUGGAUUCACAACACAGGACCCAUCGGCUGCCUCGCCUAUAUCUUGGCCAAUUUUCAGGCAGCUCAAAGGGACAGUGCCGGUUGUUCAAAGCCUCACAAUGAAGUGGCUCAGUACUUCAACUACAAGUUGAAGGAGGCUGUUGCCCAACUCCGGAAGGACUUUCCUUUAGCUGCAAUUACAUAUGUCGAUGUCUACUCUGUCAAGUAUUCCCUCUUUAGCCAACCCAAGAAAUAUGGGUUUGAGCUUCCACUUGUGGUUUGCUGUGGCUAUGGAGGUGAGUACAACUACAGCAAUGAUGCUGGCUGUGGUAGUACCAUCACUGUUAAUGGUAGCCAAAUUUUUGUGGGAUCAUGUGAGCGCCCUUCACUUCGAGUGAAUUGGGAUGGAGUUCACUACACUGAGGCAGCUAACAAAUUUGUUUUUGAUCAAAUCUCCAGUGGAGCAUUUUCAGAUCCGCCUCUGCCCUUAAAAAUGGCAUGUCAUAGGAACGCUUCAUAUUGAAGGCAGACCAACAUGCACUUCUGUUGGUAUUAUCAUUAAUGUAUGCUCCUGGUUCUGGGUAAUAAGUAAUAAGCAUCAUGCAUUGAUCAAAGGGUAGCCUAAAAUGUACCUUUCUUGUAUGUAAUAAGCAUCAUGCAUUGAUCAAAGGGUAGCCUAAAAUGUACCCUUCUUGUAUGUAAUAAGCAUCUAACUCAACAGACUUAGUCUACUCAUGCUCUCUAAUAUAUUUGGCAAAGCCCAUGUCCUUUAUUGCA